GACUCAGCUGAGUUUUGUUUAUAAAUACGGACUGUGUUCUGUGGCCAGAAGGCAAGACUCACCGGGGGCAAGACAAACUAUUUAAGAAAAGAAGAGCAACCUAACCUCACAAUUCAGAUUCAGAUUUAGUAUGGAAUGUAUAUUUUAGAAAUAUUUUAUGAAAAAUAAUUCACAAUGAGCUAAGUUUAAUUUUUCAGUAGGUUUGAAUUAAGUAUUUUUAAGUUAAAAUUAAAAUACUAGAAAAAUGGAAUUAGAAACUAUGCCUACAGACAGUUCUCUAUACUCAACACCAUGUAAUGAAAUAAUAAAUGAUAUUGAAGAUUUGAUUUCCGCACAAGACAUAACACCUAAAGAAAGAUACAGUAGUCGUAAAAGUGUUAAAGUUCAAGCAAAGAGAAAAACCAAAAAUGAAAAUAUACUACCAGCUCCCAUGGGAGACAACAUACCAGGUACACAAAAAAUAUGUGUUCAAACAUGGGGAUGUGCUCACAAUAGUUCAGACUCUGAAUACAUGGCAGGACAGUUAGCAGCUUAUGGAUAUAAACUGACUGAUGACAAAAAUGAGGCAGACCUUAUAUUACUAAAUAGCUGUACUGUAAAAAGUCCUGCAGAAGAUCACUUUAGAAAUGAAAUUGAGUCAGCCAAAAAAUUGGGAAAACACUUGGUCCUAGCUGGAUGUGUGCCUCAAGGUGCCCCCAAAUCCUCUUUUGUUCAAGGUCUAAGUAUUAUUGGAGUACAGCAAAUUGAUAGGGUUGUUGAAGUAGUAGAAGAAACACUUAAAGGCAAUACUGUUAAACUAAUGGGCACAAAAAAAGAAAAUGGUAAAAAAAUUGGAGGUGCUUCAUUGUUGUUACCAAAGGUAAGAAGAAAUCCCCUGAUAGAAAUUAUUGCCAUAAACACAGGCUGUCUUAAUCAAUGUACCUACUGCAAGACUAAGCAUGCUAGGGGAGAUUUGGGAAGUUACCCUCCUGAGGAGAUUGUUGCUAGGGCUAAGCAGGCGUUUGAAGAAGGAGUGGUCGAAAUAUGGCUUACUUCAGAGGACACAGGUACCUAUGGAAGAGAUAUAGGUACAUCCUUACCAGAACUUUUAUGGAAAUUGGUUGAAGUAAUUCCCAAGGGAUGUCGCCUGCGUUUAGGAAUGACAAAUCCUCCUUAUAUUCUGGAACAUUUGGAAGAAAUUGCAAAAAUUAUGGCUGUCGAUAAAGUGUAUGCUUUUUUGCAUGUGCCUGUUCAAUCAGCUAGUGAUGCUGUUUUAGGUGACAUGAAAAGAGAGUAUUGUAGAAAGGAUUUUGAACAUGUAGUUGAUUUUCUCAGAGAAAAAGUUCCUGGCAUGACAGUAGCUACUGAUAUAAUCUGUGGUUUUCCUACAGAAACAGAAGAAGACUUUGAGGAAACAAUUGACUUAUGUAAAAAAUACAAAUUUCCAAGCCUGUUUAUCAACCAGUUCUACCCAAGACCGGGAACUCCGGCAGCAUUAAUGCCAAGAGUACCAACUCAAGAAGUUAAACAGAGAACCAAGAAAUUGACAGAGCUGUUCCAUUCUUACCAACCUUAUGGUCACAAAGUGGGAGAAAUUCAAGAAGUGUUGGCAACGGAGGUAUCACAUGAUAAAAAACACUAUGUAGCUCACAAUAAAUACUACGACCAAGUUCUUAUACCUAUGAGAAAAGAGUAUAUGGGAAAGUUAGUUAAGGUUAAAAUCAUUGAGGCUACAAAAUUUUCUAUGUUAGGACAGCCUUUGGAUGAAGUUGUAAUGCCAGGAUUGAGGGAGCCACUUCAAAAGGGAAAAGUUUCGGGCGUUGAUAUUUAUGAAAAUGUUGAUAAAAAAUGGUUAUAUGGCAUGUUUUUUUUGUUAAUAUCUGUAGUUUUAAGGAUUCUAUGGCAUUAUAAUAUAUUUUGAAUAAAAAUCUAUUAAAAGCUCUGAAUAAAACACGUUACAUACUAA